UUCCACAACGCGUGCGUAACGUAUGUAUGCGACCCCAGAACGGACUGCUCCCUGCUGAUCUCAUCGGUUAAUGGACUAAUGAAAGGAUGAGGGUUUGAGAAAACACCUUAUUGUUACCGAAUACCGUGAAGCCAGUGUAAUGCGAUAGUGAAAAGAUAUUGUCUCUCUCGCCACGCGCAUGGCGCGUUAGGGGAAACUGCAGGCUACAGCUGUCUGUCCGGUCAGCUGUUUUUAUUUACCGAGAGACAGCAGCAUCAAUAGGAGGGCACGAGACCGCAGACUAGUCUAUACCGGCGCCCCGGACCCCCACAGACCAGACCACCAGGACUAAGAGAGAGGAGGGCAGAGAGAGAGAGAGGAUGGAGUUUAAGCAGCUGGUGGAGGUGGCGGAGAAAUGGUGUUCGUCUGUUCCGUUCGAUCUGAUCUUUGCGGAGGAGGAUGAUGAGAGGAGACUGGACUUCUACGCAGAACCGGGAAUCUCCUUCUAUGUCCUUUGUCCCGAUAACAUGACGGGAGGGACCGAGAAUUUCCAUGUAUGGAGUGAGAGUGAGGACUGCCUGCCGUUCCUACAGCUAGCCCAGGACUACAUCUCCUCCUGCGGGAAGAAAACACUGCUAGAGGUCUUGGACAAAGUCUUCACUUCCUUUAGACCUUUGCUGGGUCUACCAGACAUAGAUGAUGAGACGUUUGAGCAGUACCAUGCAGGCAUGGAGGAGGAACCAGAGCCGGACCACCAGCAGAUGGGAGUCAGCCAGCAGUGAUGCCUACAGAAGAGGUGUCCGACCGGGCCACAAUAAUUACCCACACCUCUGGUUUCAUCCCCUGCAUCAAUACACAGGCCCAACGACCCUGUAGCGACUAUACAAAGUCAUAAUGUAUACUCAGAUUCAUAAUGUACACAUACACACACAUACAGGACAGCCGGACAGCCAGCCUGCUGAAAUGUACCAUUGCGUUCUUUAACUUAUCAAAAGCUUUGCUCUCCAGAUAUUGCACUCCUUCUCAUGUCACACGCAUACACACACACGCACACACACACACACACACACACACACACACACACACACACACACACACACACACACACACACACACACACACACACACACACACACACAGCUGUGUCAUACAACAUUAUUAUUAAUGUCAUUCAUACAGCAGGCUACAACAUUACUAUAGUUUAUAUUACUAACCUCCACCAUGCUGGUUCUAGCAUGAUAAGCAUGACACUCUCCAACCUUGCUCAGCAUAUCCACCUAAAGACAAACAAUCAACUAGUCUAGCAGCAACAACAUACUCCCUCCCCAGCCUGGCCACCCAGACAUAGCAGAGCACUGUCACUGUCAACCAUGUAACACCUGACUGGAACCAUCCACUGUACCACACAAUGCUAGCCAAACCAGCACAUUGUUGUGACCUUGUAAAAAUGUUAGCGGUGAAAAUAGAGGGAGGAAUAGAGCAGAAAUGUAAUCCUAUGUUAGAAACUGUCCCUUAUGUACUGCUGUGAAGUUGGCCCAAGAGCUGCUGUAUCUGUGUGUUUAUUUCAUAGUGUGUGUGUGUGUGUGUGUGUGUGUGUGUGUGUGUGUGUGUGUGUGUGUGUGUGUGUGUGUGUGUGUGUGUGUGUGUGUGUGUGUGUGUGUGUGUGUGUGUGUGUGUGUGUGUGUGCAUCACCACCAUCAGUGCACUGCUACGCUUUUACUAUCCCCACGGACCUGAAGGAGUAGGAUGAAGUUGUGUUUAGACACUGAUCCGAGGUCAUUUUUCCCCGUUAUUGGGAUUGGGGAAAGGAAACUAUUCCUAGAUCUGUGUCUACAGGCAACAUCUACCUGCAGCAGCCUUCUUCCACCUUACUAAACUAGUCCUACACUUGUUACUCUCUCUGAACAUGGCAACUACGAUAGAUGUAAGUCUCUCUCCGAAUGCUUUUAAGUCUUUACUUAUGAACAUCAUUUUUAGUUACAUUAUUUAACUGAAUGUUUGUCAUGCUAAUGUGUGUUUUUAUGUUCUGUCCUCCAGUGUGUGUGAAGGUAUUCAAUAAAACAAAUGUGUGGAGGGA